AUGGCCAAAAUCCUCAUCACAGGCAGCUCAGACGGCAUCGGGCAGGCCGCCGCCCAACUCCUCAUAACCCAAGGCCACACCGUCUACCUGCACGCCCGCAACGCAACCCGCGCCAAAGAAGCCCAAGCCGCCACCCCCGGCGCAGCAGGCGUGUUGACCGGCGACCUCACGUCCCUCACCUCGACGAAAGACCUCGCCGCCCAAGCCAACUCCCACGGGCCCUGGGACGCGGUGAUCCACAACGCCGGGCUCGGACCCUCCAACACCCUCGGCAAGACGACCGACGGCUUCCCCUCGACGUUCCAGGUCAACUCCCUCGCACCCUACGUGCUGACUGCGCUGAUGGCCAAACCAAAACGACUGCUCUACCUCUCAUCAAGCCUCCACUCCGGCGGCUCCGACUCCCUCACCAACCUCCAAGAAGAGAAAUCCAGCCCCAUGUCCGCCUACUCCGACUCCAAACUCCACGACAUCCUGCUCGCGAACGCGGUGGCGCGGUACUGGCCUUCUGUGCAGUCGUGCUCGCUGGACCCCGGGUGGAUCGCGACGAAGAUGGGCGGCAGCGGCGCGCCGGGGAAGACGAGCACGCCGGCGAAGGCGAUUGCGGAGUUUGCGGUCGGGAGGAGUGCGGUGUUUGGGGAGAGGACGGCGGUGUAUGGGAAUCCGCAGGGGGCGAGGACGCCGCAUCGGGGGGCGUUGGAUGAGGGGACGCAGGAUGAGUUUGUGAGGUUGUGUGGGGAGUUUUCCGGGGUGCCGUUCCCGAAGUAG